AUGAGAAAUAAAUAUUUAAUAACGCUAGACGGUUCUGAUCACUCUGAAUACUCUUUAUUAUGGGCUCUUGAAAACUUGGUUAAUCCGCAAAAUGAUAUUUUACUACUGCUAAGCGUAGGUGUAUUACCUGCAGGUACUCCAUGCGAAUAUUCCGCCGUAACUCGGAAUAUAUUAAAUGGAAAUGAUUUAACGAAAGAACGUCAAAAGGCCGAAGAACAUGCGAGGGAAAUUAUAAAUAAUGGUCAAAAACUCAUCACAAAUUUUUUUUCCACACAGGGAUAUAAUGAGGUACCAAAUUUAAAUGUGGAAUGCUUCGUAAAUUCUUGUUCUGAUCCUGCAAGAUAUAUUGUUGAUUUUUCAAAAAAACAAAAAGUUGAUGUAAUAGUGAUGGGUCAUCGAGGAACUUCUUUGCGAAAUAUUAAUAAAAUAGGGAUGGUAUCUCAACAUUGCAUUCAUUCUGCUGGAUGUACAGUUGUAAUUACGAGGAAAAAAUAG